AUGUCAAACAGAAGGUUAUCUCAUCAGAAACGAGAGAAGCCUAGGACGAUAACUUUACCCGUAGAGGAUAUCCUGGGCGCGAAUCUCGUGGUCCAUGGCUCUCGUUUUCUGGUGCUACGUGUCUCCCUUCGUGCCAGUGAUCACGCCCUGAGAAGGGAUUCGCGGGUGGGCGCGUCCUCCCCGAACUGCCGCCCUUCCAUGUGGUCGGUCAACGGAGGGUACUACUUCACUCGAAGAAGCAAUCGUUUCAGCGUGGCAAAGGUUCACUUGCCAUACUUGGAGUGUCAGAAGGCGACUAAUCGAGGACUGCAUUCCAGCGGCGGGUUGAAGCGCCUCAAGGGUGUUGGGGAUAGGUUAGGCCCUGAGGCAUAG